GGGGCUCAUCAUCCAUCUUCUGGGAAAGCAGGAGAGCAGCAGCCAUCUAACGACGGACCAGAAGACAAGGAAACACAUCGGCCAUCAUGGGAGCCGUUUUGGGAUUGUGCUCCAUGGCGAGCUGGGUCCCGUGUCUGUGCGGCAGCGCCUGCCUGCUGUGUCGGUGCUGCCCCAGCGGCAACAACUCCACCGUGACGCGCCUCAUCUACGCCUUCUUCCUGCUGCUGGGAGUGGGCGUGGCCUGCGUCAUGCUGAUGCCCGGCAUGGAGGGCCAGCUCAAGAAGAUUCCAGGUUUCUGUGAAGGAGGGACGGGCUCGUCCAUUCCUGGCAUUGAGGGUCACGUGAACUGCGAUGUGCUGGUCGGCUACAAGGCCGUGUACCGCAUUUGCUUCGGCAUGGCCAUGUUCUUCCUGCUCUUCUCCCUGCUCAUGAUUAAAGUCAAGAGCAGCCAGGACCCUCGAGCUGGGCUGCACAACGGGUUUUGGUUCUUUAAGUUUGCUGCUGCUACUGCCAUCACGAUCGGAUCAUUCUUCAUCUCAGAAGGCCCCUUCACUACUGUGUGGUUUUACAUCGGCAUGGCUGGAGCCUUCUGCUUCAUCCUCAUCCAGCUGGUCCUACUUAUUGACUUCGCCCACUCCUGGAAUGAGUCCUGGGUGGAGAAGAUGGAGGAGGGCAACUCUCGCUGCUGGUAUGCAGCUCUGCUGUCGGUCACCGCUGUGAACUACAUGUUGUCUCUGGUGUCUCUGGUCAUGUUCUACGUCUACUACACCCACUCCGACGGUUGCACCGAAAACAAGGUCUUCAUCAGCAUCAACAUGCUCUUGUGCGUGGCUGCCUCGGUCCUGUCCAUCCUGCCUCCGAUCCAGGAGUCCCAGCCCCGGUCUGGCCUGCUGCAGUCCUCCCUGGUCACCCUGUACACAAUGUACCUGACCUGGUCUGCCAUGACCAAUGAGCCUGACAGGAAAUGUAACCCGAGCCUUCUGGGUAUUAUCGGGCUGAACAGCACCAGUCCUGCCGGUCAGGACCACGUGGUUCAGUGGUGGGAUGCCCAGGGCAUUGUGGGAUUGAUCCUCUUCCUCAUGUGUGUCCUCUACUCCAGUAUUCGUAACUCGUCCAACACCCAGGUGAACAAACUGACUCUGACCAGCGACGAGUCGGCUCUGAUCGAGGAUGGGCCUCAGGCCGACAGCUUCGAGGAGGGCAGCGGUGCCAGCAGAGCCGUGGACAACGAGAAGGACGGCGUCACCUACUCCUACUCCUUCUUCCACUUCAUGCUCUUCCUGGCCUCACUCUACAUCAUGAUGACUCUCACCAACUGGUACAGCCCCGACAUCAACUACCAGGCCAUGACCAGCAAGUGGCCGUCGGUGUGGGUGAAGAUCUCCUCCAGCUGGAUCUGCAUCGCCCUCUACGUGUGGACGCUGGUGGCUCCGCUGGUCCUGGUCAACAGAGACUUUGACUGAAAACACUGUCCCACCGCUCACGCACAAACACCUCCAUGCUCCGCUUCACCUGUGUUUUUGUUUCAGCAAAAAAAGUCAGUAAUAAAACAGUAGCUUGCUAGCCCCCAGCUGCAGCAGAGGGGCCGGGGGCUGAUUCAGGACUGUUUGGUUUGGGGGGGGCUGUGGGCCCUGUAGUCUGGGGAUGAUGAUCGUCCCGCCACAGCUCUUGACAGGACCUGACUCCUCUGCUGCAACGUCAUUGUGAAUCCUCAGCAGCCUGUUGUAGUGGUUUUCCCCAUGCUGUUUGCCAUUGUAAAUACGUCCUGUGUAUUCCUUGAGGAGGAUUUAGUUUUCUUUCUGAAAGACUGAGCUGCAUGCUUUUUCUUAUAAAACCUAAUGUGACAUGAACAGUAGCUGUAUAUGACGCUUGUGUGAAGACGAUGAUGGCUUUGAUCGGUCGAUAGUUGACUACACUGUCUGCAGUAUUACAUAUGGAAAUGCCGUUACAUGUAUAUUAAGUCCUUAGCUUGUGCCGUUGUCGGAUGGAUUCAGUUGUGUAUGAGCAGGACUCCAGCUGUGGCACUACAGACACCAGAGCGAGCUCAUUUUGGUUUCCCUAACCCGCACCCACGACCGGGAAUGAGCAGUGCUGUGUAGCGUUGCGUGUGUGUGUGUGUGUGUGUGUGUGUGUGUGUGUGUGUGUGUGCGUGUGUGUGUGUGUGGUUAUUCUAGUCAUCUGCUAUCAUGUGUUAAAGCUCUACCAGCUGCAUGUGUCCUCUGCAGCUUGCACAUACAAAGGCAUUCCUGUUUUUUGUGUUGCUUCUGAUUUGGAUUUUGACUUUAAAUGUAAAAAUUUAAAACUUCUAGAUAAAUUAUUUGGUAGUGUUUAGCAUGUAGUUAUUCACACACGUUAAGUGUUUGUGUGCAUUUGUAUAAUUGUCUCACCCAUGCUUUUAUCCUAAUAUGAUUUUCCUCCUGUCAUGUAAAAGUGUAUUGUAACUCGUUUAAUAAAACUGACAGAACAGAA